AUGUCGUCAGCCCUGUUUGCAAUCAAUUCUUGUACAGAUGAAGAAGAUUUUAUCAAACAACUGUGCAUCGUUGUUCAAAAUCAGCCUGACGGUACAUGUUUAAUCACAGAAAAUGAAGAAUAUAUUUCAUUUAAAGAUGUCUAUAUGUUAAUGAAAGUAUUGCAUGAAUCUUUUCAAAUACUGAAUGUACAGUCUAAACAAUUAAUUGCCAUCUAUAUGAAUCGUAAUUAUGAUAUGAUUAUUAGUAUUUUAGCUUCAAUAGCUAAUAGAUCACCAUUUUUACUAAUUGAACAUUCCACACCACAAUUAAGACUUAAAACUAUUUUGGAUGAUGCAAAACCAUCGUUAAUUAUAACAGAUAAAACAUUAGCUGAAAAUUUAACGGAUAUUAUUUCAGCAGAGUCGGUAAAAAUUUACAACGAAUUGGUAAAACUUAAAGCAGGUAAUAAUGAACUCCAUCCUUCAAUAUUGUCCGCUGAAGAUAUUAUGUAUAUUAUGUAUACCAGUGGCACAACCGGUCAACCGAAAGGUGUUAUGGUACCAUAUCGUGCAAUCAUAAAUCGAUUUCAAUGGAUGUGGAAAAAUUACCAAUGGCAAAAAAAUGAUAGACAAAUAUGGAAAACGUCAGUUGUGUUUGGUGAUUGUAUUUGGGAAAUGCUAGGUGGUUUGUUAAAAGGUAUACCAACUGUGAUCGCAUCGAAAGAGACGGCCAGUGAUCCUACUUUACUUAUUGAUAUAAUUUAUAAAACAUCUACCACUAGAAUUACGCUGAUUCCAACAAUGUUAUCAUCGAUUUUAAAAGUAUAUGCGAUAGAAAAGAUUCAGCAAUACCUAAAAUCACUUCAUACGGUAAUAGUAAGCGGAGAAAUAAUACCAAAAGCUUUAUGUAAAUUAUUUUUAUUAUCUUUUUCUAAUGUAAAAUUACUUAAUCUAUAUGGUUCAACUGAAAUUGGUAAUGAUGCAUUUUGUUAUGAAAUUAAUAAUCAUUCUGAUUAUGAGAAUUUUGCUACUGUGCCAAUUGGAAAACCAAUCACAAAUAUGGAUUAUAUAAUUGUGAAUGAUAAUAACAUUAAAAUUGAAGAACCAUCUGCUACUGGGGAACUCUUAAUUUCUGGACCUGGUCUAUUUACUGCUUAUUUGAAUUUUACAUCAGAUAAACUGAUUGCUAUCGACAAUAGAAUAUAUUUCAAAACUGGUGAUCUUGUUAGUAUCUCUCCGAAAACAGAAGAUGUAAUGUUUUUAGGACGUUUAGAUGCACAAGUAAAAGUUCGAGGUGUUCGUAUCGAACUAGAAGAAAUAGAAGCUAUUUUCAUGCAAUAUCCAUCAGUACAGGAUGCAGCAUGCUUCGUUAAUGAAAAAUCACAAAUAGUAGCUUUAUAUAAAACAUUAGAUCAACAUCAUAUAGAAGAAGAAAAUAUCAGAAAAUGGAUUAAAUUAAAUCUGCCUGAUAAUGAAUUACCAUCAUUAUAUUGUUCGGUUGAUUAUAUUCCAAAAACAAUUAGUGGUAAAGUGGACAGAAAAAAAUUGUUUUGUUUAUAUGAAAAAAAUAAAAAUCGAAUUUAUGUGCAAGAUAAAAGUAAUGAACAUGAUAAAGAUAACAAUGUUAGUUGUAUGUUAUUAAAAACUUGGUGUGAUACACUUGGUAUUAAUAAUACAUUCUGUAAAAGUUCAACAUUUAUUGAAUUAGGUGGUCAUUCACUUCUUGCUGUUGAAAUCCAGCGCCGUAUUCAACGUCUAUUCAACCUUCGGAUACCAAUUCAAUACUUUUUUCAACAAACAAAGCUUUCAGAUAUAAUCAAAUUUGUCGAUGAUAAUAUUAAUCAACACCAUCAAAAACGGAAGUUAUCUUCAAUUGACGAUUAUAAUUCAAUACAAACAGCACCGCUUAGUUAUAUUCAACAGGGUAUGUGGGUUGAUGAUGAAAUAAAUAGUUUAGGAACAGAUUAUAAUGUUGAAUGUACAUAUGAAAUAAAAAAUAAGCAUGUAACAAAUAUCCAUUUGAGAAAAUCAGUACAAACGCUUGUUGAGCGUCAUUGUAUAUUACGUACAAUAUUUGAAAGAAAUUCGUAUGGUAAUGUUGUUCAAAUUGUUAAACCAUUAGAAGUAAACUUAGACGGUGAUUUAUUUAUUAAUAAUACAAAAAUCUAUGAACAUAUUUCAGUUGAAAAUCAAUCUCCGGAAGAUGCUAUACAAAAUAUAUUAAUUCAACUUACUACAAAAAAGUAUUUUCUUAAUAGUUCAAAACCAUGUUAUACUAUCUAUUUAUUAACAACUGAUUCAAUAUCUAUUCUCACAAUGGUGUUUCAUCAUAUUAUUAUUGAUGGAUGGUCAAUUGGAAUCAUACUACAUGAAUUGGAAAAAACAUUAUCGUAUUUAAUUAGUGAUGAUUAUAAUAAAAAAGAAUUAGUACUAAAGCCAAUUGAAUUACAGUAUCAUCACUAUGCUUAUUUAGAACAAGAAAAUAUGCUAGAAUCGAUGUCAGAUGAUUUAACUUAUUGGAUAAAACAAUUAAAUAAUGGUGAUAUAAUUUAUGCUCAUCUUUCACCUGAUUAUUUAAACCAUGAUAUCAAUAAUAACAACGAAAGUUCAACAGGUGCAACAAUUCAGCUAGAGUUUCCUUUAGAACUCAUUGAAAAAAUUCAAUCAGUUUGUAAAACUUGUGAUAUAACACCAUUUAUAUUACUAUUGACGACAUUUAAAUCAUUAUUAGCUCGUUAUACGGAUGAAAUGGAUAUUUGCCUUGGAACUCCUGUUUCUGCUCGAAAUAUAACCGAAAUUGAAAAUACAGUUGGUCUAUUUACAAAUACAAUUAUUAUUUAUACAAGAAUCGACAAUGACCUUAGCUUUUUUGAAUUAUUAAACAAUGUUAAACAAACAGUUUUAGAUUCAUUCGAACAUCAGAAUAUUCCAUUUAGUUAUAUGACACAACAUUUAAAACAUUUAAAACGUAAUACUAAUAAUGAAAAACAUUCAAUGCUCCAAAUUAUGUUUGCUUAUCAGAAUGCUGGUGAAAUAUUUGAAUCAGAUAUAUUCGAUAAAUUAUCAGUUAUUAAUUACACCUCAAAAUUCGAUCUCGAAAUACAAAUAUGGAAAAAUAUUAAUAAUAAUUGCUUAGUUGCUCAAGCUCAAUAUUCUACACGUUUAUUUAAACCAGAAACAAUUCAAUGUUUAUUAAAAGGUUGGAUACAGUUAACGCAAUCGGCAUUAAAUAGUCCCAAUAAUAAAAUGAGUAAGCAAGCACUAUUAGAUAUUUCAGAAAAACAACAACUAGUUGGUUUGUUCAACGAAACAUUUGUAGAGCAACCAUUAGAAAAAAAUUUAUGCCAAUUAUUUAAUGAACAAAUACAACGUACACCACAUGUUACAGCCGUUGAAUAUAAUAAGACUAAACUAACUUAUGGAGAACUAUGGCAACGUUCUCAAUUAAUCGCAUCUAGGAUUCAUCAAUACACCUCAAGCCAAGACCAACAGUGUAUUGCAAUAGGUAUGGAUCGUAAUAUAGAACUCAUACAAAUAAUAUGGGGAAUCCUACUGUCUAGCAAUUAUUAUGUUUAUAUAGAUCCAACAUUACCAAUUCAACGGAAAAAUUUUAUAUUAAAAGACACAAAUGCAAAACUCAUUAUCACUGAUAAUAUUAAUAAUAAUGAACUAAAUGCCUUAACUAUUACAUAUGAUGAAUUAAUAUCGGACAGCAAUACUAGUUCGACUGAAAUUGAUAGAACAAAAUCUAGCAGUUUCGCUUAUAUUUUAUAUACAUCCGGCUCGACCGGUCAACCAAAGGGUGUAUGUACAACGCAUAGAAAUAUCAUAUCUCGUACCGUCAAUGUUCCAAAUUUACACAACAUUAAAAAGAAUUAUCGUGUUGGACAAGUGUGCUCAUUUGGUUUUGAUGUAUCAUCAUUUGAACUAUUUGCAACUUUAUUAAACGGUGGAACACUUGUUAUCAUUAAACAAGAAUCUAUUUGUUCAGCAACGGAAUUGAUUCAUUUAAAAUUAAAUAUGAUUUGUCCCUCUACUGCUGUAUUCAAUAUAUUAGCCAAACAAACUGAUACAAGUUUAUUUUCAAAACUUGAUUCUGUUCUAUUUGGUGGUGAAAAAGUUAAUAUAAAAUAUGUGAAACAAGUUCUUAAACAACCACCACGAAAACUUAUUAAUGUGUAUGGUCCUACGGAGACCACUAUAUUUGCUUUAUGCUUUACAAUUGAUCAGGAUAAAUGGAUGGAUUAUACAAAUGUUCAUACUAUCCCCAUUGGACGACCUUUACCAAACACAAAACUGUAUGUUGUUGACAAAAACCUUGAACUUCUUCCAAAAGGUAUGACAGGAGAAUUAUUAAUUGCUGGUGCUGGUUUAAGUUUUGGGUAUCUUAAUAAUUUCAAAUUAACGUCCGAAAAAUUUAUCAUUAAUCCAUUUAUAAAUGAUAACACAUUAGUUUAUCGUAGUGGUGAUAUGGUUAAGAUGCAUGAUGAUGGAAAUAUUGAGUUUUUACAUAGGCUCGAUAAUCAAGUGAAAGUUCGUUCACAACGGCUUGAGAUGGGUGAAAUUCAAACACAACUAUUAUUACAUGAAAGCGUUAAUGACGCAAUUGUCCUUUUACGGACAGAUAUUAUUGAAGAAGAACAACACAUUGUAGCUUAUAUAGAAACAACGUCAUCAUCAUUUUCAAUUGAACAAAUUGAAAAAAACGUUCAUGAAUUUUUAGUUGAACGCUUACCAAAAUACAUGAUACCAUCAUUCAUAAUUAUAAUGGAUAAACUACCGUUAAAUCAUGUUGGGAAAAUUGAUCGAAAGAUGCUACCGAAACCAGAAAUUAGGCAACAAAAAAAUUUGCAAGAUGCUAUUUUGGAAAUAUUUUCAAACAGUUUAAAAAUUCAAGGAAAAAUUGCAUUAGAAAAUAAUUUUUUUCAUUUAGGCGGCCAUUCAUUAAUGGCGAUGGAAAUCAUAGCGAAAAUAUAUGAAAAAUUUCGUGUUAACAUGACAAUACCAUCCUUGUUUCAAUCAAAAACAGUUGCUGAAUUUAUUGAAAAAAUCAAUAAUACGAUAAUAAGAGAAAGAAAAUCACAACCUGCAACGCUAAAUUCAUCAUCGUCGUCAUAUCAAGCUAAGUUAACAGAAAUUCAAAAGGCAUUUUGGCUUAUUUGGAAAAUUAAACCAGAUAGUUGUUAUUAUAAUGUGCCGAUUGCUAUCGAAAUAAACGGCCACCUUGAUCAAAACAAGCUUUAUAAAGUACUUCACGCUCUGAUGAAACGAUACGAAAUAUUAAGAAUCGUUUGUAAUGAAGAAAAAGAUGGUUCUAUCUGGCAAGUAGUUAAAAAUAAAAAUUGGUUGAUACCGUUUACAGAGGUAGAUAUUGAUAUGAAUCAUAACAAUAUUGUUGAGCGAUUACAAGCAUAUUCAGUGAAACCGUUUGAUCUAAAAAAUGGGCCUGUUUGCCGAUUUACAUUGUUUCAUAAUAUGAGUGAAAUGAUAAAUGAAAAUGAACGUCAUUUAUUAUUGAUAACAUUUCAUCAUAUAGUGUGUGACGGUUUCACAUUAAAUAAAUUUAUCAAAGAACUAAUUGAAUUGUAUUCAUCUACAACGAUUUAUGAUAGAACACAUUUACAAUUAUCAACAAAACUAUCGUUCAUGGAUUAUGUCAAUAAUAUCCAACCCGUUGAUACAAGAAAACAUUUGGAAAUUUUAGUAAAUAAUUUGAAAACAUUUCAAUAUUUAAAUCUUGAAAUCGAACAAACCGAAAAUCAACAACAGCAUGAUAUUAGCCAUAAUCAGAUGUAUUCAUCACGUUUAGAAAUUGAAAACAAAAUGGCUGAUAGACUUCGAAAAUUAGCAAUGGAAAAUCAGUGUACCCUGUUCACAUUAUUAUUAGCUUUAUUCAAAUGUGUUCUAAGUGUUUAUAGUCAUAAUUGUUUGGAUAUUAUUAUUGGUACUGUUAUCUCAACCCGUUCUCAACAUAUCGCUCAAAGCUUAUUUGGUCCCAUGAUAAAUACAUUACCAAUAAGAUCACGUAUACCAAAUAAAACAGAAACAACGUUUAUUGAUAUUUUAAAUGUUGUAAAACAAAGUGUUUUACUGACUAUGGAAAAUCAACAAUGCUCAUUUGCCGAUAUCGUUAAUCGUUUAAGGCCAAUAAAUAACGAUAAAAGUCUUCAAACCUACAUGCCUGUAUAUCGGGUGUUAUUUGAAAUGAAUUCAUAUAAUGAUAAUCUCACUUUUAACGGUGGUAUCAGCUGGAAAUAUUAUGAUAAUAAUCAUGUACUUUUGCCAUAUGCAAAAACGGAUAUUGAUCUUCACGUAAAUGAUGAAGGAGCAAAUCAUUCAAUUAUUAUGUACUUUGAUGUAAAUAGUACCAUAUUUCUCCCGCAAACUGUACAAAAAAUGGCAACCUGCUUUCAAACAGCAGUGGAGUUUGUUGUAGAAGGUCCUGCAUGUCUAAAGGCAACCUUAUGGGAAAAAAUUCAACUAAGUCGAUGUGGUAAUUAUUCAAAUUUAACAAUACAUGAACAAUUACAUAAGCGUGUGAAUAAAAUACCAAAACAAAAUGCUCUUGUAUAUGGAGAUAUUAAUUGGACAUAUGAACAACUUCUAGGUUUUUCGAAACACAUCGCAUCCGUACUUAAACAUAGCUAUAAUAUUUCACCACAAUCAGUUGUCGCAGUCUGUAUGAAACGAUCACCGGAUCUAAUUUCAAGUAUGUUUGGUGUAGUAAUGACUGGUUCAGCAUACUUAUAUAUUGAUAUAUUAUUACCAGAAAAAACUAUACUGUCGAUGCUUCAUGAUUCAGCUUGUAGUUUGAUUAUCUGUGAUAUGGACUGUCAAACGGUUAUUGAAUCUAUUGCUAAUAAUACAAGCUUAAUAUGCGUAUCCAUUAAGACUAUAUAUGAACAACAUUCAUUGCCAUUCAGUACUAACUCAGUUAUAGUGAAACCAUCUGAUACUUGUUAUAUAAUUUACACCUCCGGCUCCACUGGAACUCCCAAGGGCAUACAAAUACAACAUCAAGCUGUUGUUCAACGAACUCAAGCUAAUUUUUUAUUAAAAAUCAACUCUGAUAGUAAAAUUGCGCAGAUUACCUCAUGUAGUUUUGAUGUUUAUAUACUUGAAGUUUAUGGUGCUCUGUUAAACGAUGCAUGCUUAUUUAUUUACGACCAUAAUUAUUUAUUUCAAACCAAAUUAUUAGCUGAAAUAUUAAAAGCCGAUCAAAUUACACAUAUGUUCAUUGCGACACCCAUAUUUAAUAUUCUUGCUGAACAUGUUCCAUACGCAUUUAGUAAUAUGGAAUGUGUCAUGUUUGCUGGUGAUCGUGCUAAUGCAAAGUUAAUGUUAAAUGUCUUAAGAAACAGUCAUCCAGCACCUAAACAACUUGUUAAUGCUUAUGGUCCGACAGAAGCAACGUGUAUUGUAACAUGGUAUCAUGCUACCGAAGAAAGCUUAAGUACCAUUAUAGAUAAAGGCGAUCAAGUUCCAAUUGGUAAAUCUCUUCCAAAUACACCUUUGUAUAUUGUUGAUCCAAUUAGCCUUGAAUUAGUUGAAGAUGGCACAAAUGGACGACUUGAUAAUCAAGUUAAAAUAGAUGGUUAUCGAAUAGAGUUGUCACAAAUUGAAAACUUACUUAAAAAUCAUUCAAAAAUUUUGGAUAGUAUUAUAAUCGUUAGAGAUGAUAUUGUUAAAAACAAAAAAUCUAUUAUUGCUUAUAUUAAGAAACAAGAACCGUUAUCAGUUACAUCAGAUGAAAUUUUAUUUUAUUUAUCACAACAUUUACCUAAGUACAUGAUACCCACCUUUAUAGUAUUUAUUGAACAACUACCACUUAGUAUUGGUGGCAAGGUCGAUUAUGUCUCUUUACCAAAACCACAAAUUGGACAUGUAAUAAAAAAUGAUAAUAACGAAAAACAAAGUGCAUAUACGAAAAUACAAGAAGCAUGGAGAGAAGUACUUAGUCAAAACGCAAAUAUUAUAUUUACCAAUAGUGAUGAUUUUUUCGCUUGUGGAGGAACAUCAAUAACAGUUGUUCAGUUACAUGCCAUACUGGAAAAACUAUUUGAUGUUACAUUAGAUGUUAUGAAGCUAUUCCAUUAUACAACAAUUGAAAAUCAGUUAAAAUGGAUUUUGUCGAUAGGCAACAAUAACUAUGUAAGAAAAAAUAAUAUAACAGAAGAAUCUUCAGGUAUGGAAACAACAGAAACCGAAACUUUUCAGUCGAAUAUUGCAGUUAUUGGAAUGUCCGCAAGGUACGGAAAUCUAGAUAGUUUAGAUGACUUUUGGAAUGCACUUUGUAACGGCACCGAUUGUUGUUUACAUACUUCAUAUGAUGAGCUAUCAAAAAAUGUUGACAUGAAACAAAUGCUAAAGCUUAAUCCACGUUAUGUUCAUUCAUCAUGUGUGAUGGAAAAGGCAAAUUAUUUUGAUCAUGUAUUUUUUCAAAUGACUAAACGUGACGCUGAAAUAAUGGAUCCACAACAUAGAGUAUUACUGGAAACAACAUAUGAAGCACUUGAAAAUGCUGGUAUAGUACCACAAGCUUAUUGUGGAACAAUAGGUAUAUUUGCUGCUUUAUACCGAAAUACAUAUGCUGACUAUUACAAUUUAUUUCGAGCAUCCCCAUUUGAUAUUUACGACGAUACAAAAAUAAAACUGGGCAUUACAAUGUUAGAUCCGGCAUUAGCUGUAAGAGCAGAAAUAAGUAACAUGACAGAUGGUGCCCCAACAUUUAUCGCCUUCAAACUUGGUUUAACAGGUCCUGCAAUGGCUAUUCAAACAGCUUGUUCAUCAUCUGGUACAGCGCUACAUAUAGCUAUGAGAAGUAUUGAGGUAGGCGAUUGUGAUGUGGCUAUUGUUGGUGGUGUAUGUAUUCAAUAUCCAUUAGGUAGUGGAUACAAUUAUCAACCAGGUAUGACUAUGUCCAAAACUGGUUAUUGUCGCGCAUUUGAUUCAGAAGCUGAUGGUGUCGUUGGCGGGGAUGGUGCUGGUAUUGUCAUAUUAAUGAAAGCUUCUGAAGCUAUUCAGGGUGGUUAUAAUAUUCGAGCUAUAGUCAAAGGUCAUGCAAUUAAUAAUGAUGGACGAAAGAAAAAUUCUUAUUCAACAACAAGUUCAGAUAUGCAAGCACAAUGUAUGAAAAAGGCAUUAGCAAUGGCUCGUAUUGAUAACCCACAGAACGAAAUUGGUUUAAUAGAAGCACAUGGCCCUGGCACACAACUGGGUGAUCUGCUUGAAGUAACAGCAUUAACUAAAUCAUAUAAAUCAUACUUAAAUAAUAACAAAAUUUAUCUUGGUUCCAUAAAAACAAUUGUUGGACAUUCAGCACAUGCAGCUAGUAUUGCCGGUUUUAUCAAAAUAGUACUAGCUUUAGAAACAAGUAAAAUUCCUCCAACAUUAAAUUUUAAAAAUUUUAGUUCACUAAUAGCACAAAUUGAUCCACCAUUUGUAGUAAACACAAAAUGUGUUUCGUGGCCAAAAACGAAGCAACCCAAACGAGCUGCGCUUAAUGCUUUAGGGCAAGGUGGUACAAAUUCACACUUUAUAUUACAAGAAUAUGUAUAUCAAAACGAACAAUCACAAAAGCAACUACCUAAUUCUAAAAUUUUUAUAUUUAGUGCUAGAGAUAAUGAAUCAUUAGUAGAUGUCAAACAACGUUUCAUAGAUUAUUUACCAAAUUUAAAUAAUGAUCAGUUAUGGAACACAGCUUAUACUUUAGCAUGUGGUCGAACAGAAUAUAAUGCACGGGAUUUUACCAUUGCAUCAUCUGUCAAUGAACUUCAACAACAAUUAAAUACACAGAAAAUUAACCACAAUGUAUUUGAUGAACAGAAAAUUGUUUUUCUAUUUCCAGGUCAAGGAUGUCAAUAUGCUGGUAUGGCUAAAUAUAUUUAUGAUAAUUUCGUUGAAUAUAAACAAAUUAUCGAUAAAUGUUUAAAUUUGAUUGAAGAUCUCAAUAUUAGAAAAUUAAUCAAAAUUUGUUUAUUAGAAGAAACAUACCAAAACAUAAAUACACUGAAUCAAUAUGCACAAAUUACAUUAUUUAUUACGGAAUAUAGUCUAACAAAAUUAUUUUUAAAGCUGAAUUUAAAGCCUGAUUAUUUAAUUGGUCAUAGUAGUGGUGAACUAGUUGCAGCUUGUUUAUCUCAAGUUUUUUCAUUAGAGAAUGCUAUAAAGUUUCUUACUUUAAGAUGUCAAUUAAUGACAGUAAACCCUGAUCAGGGUGGUAUGAUUGCUGUCCAAGUUAAAAGUAAUGAUGAUGCUAAACAACUUGCAAUCGAAUUUGAUGUUGAUAUAGCGGCAAUUAAUACACGAACACAAUAUGUAUUUUCUGGCCGUUUAAAGAAUAUUAAAAUGAUGGAAACUAAACUGAAAUCUAAUCAAAGAAAAAUUAAACUACUUAAUACAUUCAGUGCAUUUCAUUCUCGUUUGAUGACACCUGUUUGUCAGCAGUUGGAAAGUUUUAUUAAAAAUAUUCCAUUACAACACCAACAAUCAACAGCAUCCAUAUUAUCAACAGUUACUGGUAAACAGCUUCAAAAUAAUGAAGUGAUACAACCACAUUAUUGGAUUAAUCAUUUACAGCAACCAGUAUUAUUUGGUCCUUGCAUAGAAAAUUUAUUGAACAAUCUUGAAAAUGAUAAUAAAUCAUUAUUAUUUGUCCAAGUUGGUCCGGGAAAAAUAUUGACUUCUGUUGUUCAAAACAUACUACCAAAUGCUAAUAUUAUUUCAUCACCCUUAAUUUCAAACAAUAGUUCCACAUCAUUUUUACAAUGUUUAGGCUCUGCUUGGUCAUAUGGUGUACCUAUUUCAUUUCAUGCAUAUUAUUCAUCAUUAAAUUAUAGUUUAAAACGAAUACCAUUGCCAACAUAUCCAUUUAGAAAAAUUCUCUGUGUUGCGAGCGAUCGUGCGAAUUAUUGUACUGAUAACAAAAACAACAACGCUUUACCAGGUAAAUGUAAUGAACAGUUCCAUAACACAACGAAUGAAACAUUUAAAGAUGGGUACGACAGCAUUAAAGCUUGUCCAAUAUUCAAAGAAAGGGAAACGGAUAAAUCAACGGAAAAUAGUUUAUCCAAGAAAGUAUCCUGGAAAAUAAAAAGAACUGAUGCUGACAGUUCUUUAGGGACAAAUUAUCAGUCUUGUAUGGUUAAACUUCUUGAUUUCCAAUCAGAAAAAUCUCAUCAACUUAAUGUUCCAUCACAAUAUCCUGCUGAUAAAACUUUUGAGUUAGGAUUUGCUAGUUCUAUAUUUACUAAAGCUUUGUAUUUUGAAGCAAUAGAAAAUGGUUUGUUAACUGAAACAACAAAACUUAUUAGUCUGUUACCAGAUCCAAAUGAAUACACGGUAUUACAGGAAUUAAUUGUUAAUGAUUUAUUAAAUGGUCUACCAUUUUAUGGUAAAAAUAAUUGUGAAACAGUUGAAGAUUUAUUAAUGACGUUAACGUGUUUGAAACUACCAAUAGAAAAUGAUGGAAUAACAAAUAUAUUUUCAAUAUCAUUACUGGGUCAUAUACUUUCAGCACUUUAUAACCUAUCUUAUAAUGACUUAUUCUGUGAAAAAUUUAUUAAACCGUUUGGAUUAUUAAAUACGAGUAAUUGUGGAUGUGAAGCGUACUAUCCAGCUAUUGGUAUUAAAACUACAGUACAAGAUUUAGAAAAACUUUUGAUGACAACAUACUGUAAAUCAAAAUCAGCCAUUAAUAAUAGCACUACUUCAAUCAUUCGUGCACUUCGAAACUCAUUUAUCAAUACCAAUUAUUUAUCUGGUAAAGAGUAUUUGAUACCACUUGUUAAUAUUUCAUUAAAUAAAGCCUUAAUCAUAGCUUGUGAACAGCAUACAAUACCAGCAACAGCAUUAACGAUGAUUAGUAAAGAAGCAUUUGAUUCCGAUAUUAAUAAUAAAAAACCUGAUUGUUUAAAAAUAGAUUAUACAGAAAUUGUUCAACAAUGUUUAUUUAAAUUACUAGGAUCAGCCGCAUCAACAAUGAUGAAAAAAUUUUCAUUACAGACAUCAUUCAGCGACUUAGGUGUUGAUUCAUUACAAGCUAUUACGUUUGUCGAUAUGCUUUCACAAGAUAUUGGUAAUGAAUUGUCGGUUGAUUUAGUUUUUGAAUAUUCAACUAUCGAAAGUUUAGCAAAUCGCCUACAAAAGUUAUUUGAUAGAUCAGAACUUAUCAGUCCCAAUACAGAUCAAUACUUAACAAUAUCUAUUCGUAAUUAUAUCAUGAAUACAAAAUGGGGUAUGCCAAAAGUUUAUGAGUCAACUAAAACAAAUCAAACAUUAGAAAUAUUAUUAAAAUUUAUUUCCAAAUCCAAAACGCAACUUAGAAAUGAAUUGCACGAAUGUGGGGCAUUGCUGUUUCGUGGUUUCAAUAUAAACACGGCUGAAAAUUUUUCAAGAACUGUUGCACUAUUAGUCGAUACGAACAAAACAUUUUUAGAUUACCGUGAUGGUAUAUCACCACGUACACGUAUUACAGAUAAAGUGUUCACAUCAACUGAUUAUCCAAAACAAUUUGAUAUGGCAUUACACAAUGAAAUGUCCUACGCAAAUAAUAUGCCCUCGAUAAUUUUCUUUUUUUGUCAAAUUCCACCAUCAGAAGAUAAUGGUGGUGAAACACCAAUUGGUAAUUCCAAAAUAAUAUACGAAAAAAUUAAUUCUGACAUACGUAACGAAUUUAUUGAGAAGAAAUUAAUGUAUGUAACAAAUAUGCCGAGUCGCAAUAAAGGACUUGGAAAAUCAUGGCAAGAAACAUAUCAGACAGAAUCUAAACUAGAUGUUGAAAAGUUUCUUAAUCAAAAUCAUAUUCAAUUUCAAUGGCUAUCAGAUGAUCGUUUGCGUACAAUUCGGCGUGCUGAUGCUGUUAAAAAACAUCCAGUUACGAAUGAUUGGUUAUGGUGUAAUCAUGCACAUUUAUUCCAUCCAAUUGACCUUCAUGAUUUAUCUAGACAAAUGCUUCAAAAACGACUAAAUCCAAUGGAUAUGCCAAAAAACUGUUUUUUUGGUAAUGGUGAAAGUAUUCCUGAUCAAUAUUUAAUACAUAUUAGAGAAGUAUUAAAGAACGAGGAAAUAAAAUGGCUAUGGCAAAAAAAUGACGUAUUAGUUUUAGAUAAUUAUAAAACUGCACAUGGUAGAGCAUCAUUUGAUGGCGAGCGACGUGUUUUGGUGGCCAUGUGUUAA